AUGGUCGGCGAGGCUCCGCCCACACUCCGAACCAUCAACCAUCACGGAGACCCACUCUAAUCUUUAUUUGGUUCUCUGUUGCCUCCACUCAUCCCACGCUGCCUCGUCUUUCGAUUUACUGCAGAUAAACAUUAUGGCCUCCGCUCUUUUUGCUAUUUUACCAUCUUUUAGCCAUCUCAUGCUAUGCGAAGAAAUUUUACCAUCGUGUUAAAUUUGUUCUUCAAAUCUUUCAGCUCAGUUUUUCAAUUUUUUCAACAAAUCUUUUUUUCAAUUUUUUCUUCUCAAUGCAUAAUGCCGGUUCUUCUCAUUUUUUUCACCAUUUUGAAUAAUAUUUAAAUUGAUUUAUUUUCAGCAGCAAAAGAUUACGAUCCGCAGGAGAUUCUUCGCAGACUUUAAGGUGAAUUUUUUCAGUUUUUGUUUUUUGCUUAACAAUUGAAUUGUGAGUUUUGUUUCUCAUGUAUCCUAUAUUAUAUUUGCGUGCUUGAAAAUAGGAUUUUUGUACUGGACGAUCUCCGAGUUUUUUUCUUCACCAUUUCACAACCUCCAACACCGUUUAUCGGCCAUUAGCCGUCGCGCCGUGCAAAGUGUCUUCCAUUAAACCCUAAAACGGCAACAUUCCAACUGCGGCCAAGGCGCUUUUUGCCCCGUUGAAACGGAUUUUUCAACUUUUAAACCUACCUAGUUAAAUAUAUUAUGAAAAAAGAGAGAGAUGAACAAACGUUUUAUACAAAAGCAUGAACGUUUUGGUCCGUUUUUUUCAUAUUGAGAGCAGAUAAAUAACUGUUUCCAUUGAGACCUGCAAAUCCUCUCAGGAAAAAAAGUUUUGAAAAUUGUCUCCAAAGCUUACACAGUUAUGAACGUGUAUAACACUUUCUGAAACUUCAAAAAUCUCUGAUUUUCUGGUAAGAAAAAGACAUCAACAUUAAGAAAGUAUGCUUUUUUCGAAAGUUUUCUUUGUGCAUGUAAUCAUACAGAUUGUAUUCUGUUAUAAUUUUUUUCCAGAGUGUCGUAUGUACAUUAAAAGCGGAAAAAGCUUGGAAAAAAAAAAUUUCAAAGCUCUUCUUUUUCUUGAAGCUUAUAGAGCCGUGGGUGUCACGAUUCUUCACAAAUUUCAAAACUCCGGAGCACGAGAGAAUCCUUGGAAAGAUGAACAGUCAGAGCUUGUCUCAAAUCUCUCUGUCUCUCUGUACUUUUUUCUUUCGGAUUUCGCUUUUUAUUCCACUUAAAAAGGACCGAGAAGCAGAUUUCGGUCUCUGUGGACGCUUUCUUGUUGCUUCUUGGCUCGAGACCGAGAAGUAGCCGAAGAAUAGAAGAAGAAAUAGAAGAAGACGUGCGACGGCGCCGGUCAUUCGCCCCAAAAGUCGUAAUGAGGAGCGGAGCUCUCGCCAUUCCGUCGCCACAAAGACUCACAGUUAUGAGCCUUUUCAAUGUGCUCAAUAAAAUUUGACUGUCCGUGUGCCUCGUCUUCUCCUUCUCCUUUCCUUCUCCGCCAAGCCAUUCCACCAUGUCGUUAAGAGUUUAGGACCCUUUAGGCUUGUGAUCUUCUUCUUCACAAAACACGCUCGUCUGGCAUUCUUGUUUCAAUUUUACGGCUGUAUAGGUUUUCUCCGGGGCUCCUGGUAGUUUUCUUUUUGUUUAAAUUAUUUUUAAAGCCUGAUUUUUGAUUUCGUACUGCUCGAAAGUCUUUUCGUUUGUUGAGGUCGAUUUUUUAAUCUAGCAAAAGUGUUAUCGGAUUUUUUUACUAAUAAAAAUCGAGGAUUAAGGAAGUCAUUCAUAUUUUUCUCAUUUUCUUUCUCAUUUUCCACACUGAAGUAAACUUAUGAUUAUAUAUUAAUUUCAUAAUUUUAUAAUUUGGGUUUUAAUAUUUUGAAAAAUGAUCGAUAGUUUCAUUCCAGAAGUUAGAGAAAAUUCGCUUUCCGGACCGCCCAUAUGGCCUUUUCAGAAAUGCACUCAGGCUCCGCCUCUCUUUCUGGACAGCCACCUGUUCACACCUCACCUCCUUUCUCCCUUUAACGGCUGAGAUCGAGCUCCUGAGCAAAAUCUCCCGAUUCUGAAGCUUCAUCUUCAAACCUUGUGUCUUGUCUUGAGCUUCUGACUUUAUCUCUCCAUUCUCAAUAGUGAGUUUUACAAAGAUUUCUUUAAUUGUUCAAUCUUCUGAAGUUUACUAGUUCUCUGCAGAACUUUGCAUAUUUUGGUGUAAUGAGAGAAAGCUGUUUUCCAUUUUACCUGGAAAUACAGACUUUCUUACGGUCAAAAAAAACUUAUAAGACAUAUUGAAAUAAGCUUUGGUAUAGCUUUAUUAUAACUUUGUUUGAACUUGAGAGGAGAAAAUAAAGGCGGAGUUCACUUGUCUGUGUACGGCUCUGAUCUUAUGAUGAAAAUGACAGAACGGAACACUAAUUAUGAUAAUGGAUAAUGCCUCAUCGGAGCAACAGUGAAGAUGCGACUAAUGAGGACGAAUCCGUAGAUAUCUGGAUAAAGACUUUCCAACCUUUAUGAAGCCGCCUUCAUUAGCUUUGACUUAAGGGUGUUCAUUAAAUACGAAACAAUAGGUUUAACAGUAAGCCUUAUCUCUUGAUAACGAUGUAACUCAUUACAGGGGAUCCUUUUGGAACACACCUUCGUUAGUCCUUACAUAUGUGACCGUAAGUCAAAUAUAAUGAUCUUUCCGGAAUUAAGGAUCACACCAUAAUGACCUCUCCAUUGCAAAUCUGGAAAAUCCUCAAAUCAUAUCUUCAGACAGACUUUGCGCGAGUCGCUCUUCUUUUAUUUUUUUCGGCUUACAUAAAAUGCUUUUGACUUCUUCGAAAACUUAACUUCAGAAGUUAUAUGCAUCAAGACUAGACUAAAGUAUUAAUUUUGAAAAUUUUUUACGUUUACCUCAAUAUUUCAUCCUCAGAACGACUUACCCACUUUUAAAGGUGCUGUAUAAGGAUCAAAAUUGUUGAAUAAGGUUCAUGUUCUGAAAAAAAGCACAAGAUGGUAGAAAAGCCCUCGAUAUUGUUAUCAGUCGUUCCGUUGGCGCAACUCUUAUGAGCCUCGGCGAGCUCUCAAACGGAGCCUUUUCUCAAGCCUCCAACACUCUUAGAACUGCUCCAAUAAAGUGCCCACAACCCUCUUUUCUCCAUCUUUCAUUAACUGUUUUUUGGCUCUCCAACUGUGGAAGCUCACAGUUACCUUUGCAUGAUCCAUAGAAGGUGGCUCGUUAAAAAAUGAUCUUCUUUUGAGCAAACAUUCGGCAAAGUUGAAAAACACCACCAUUAACCAUUUAUUAUUAGUUUGAUGGCCGUGUUGUUAACUUUCUUUUUCGAUUACUUUUUUUUCUUUUCAGCAUACAGAACAGAACUUGGCUUUUGGCGGUUUUUUUAGACGGUUGAGUUGUGAAGAUUUUUUUUGUUCCCUCUUUCUGUUUAUAAAAAAGUCCUUAUUUUUUGUGUGAUUUCCUCACUUAUAAUUGAAAUAAAUGAUAUCUUAAUUUUUUUGAAAAUUGUUCACGGUCAUUACAUCGAAGUAAUGUCAUAUUUUCAGCUUCAACUAGGACUGUUGCAAAAAAGACCAAAGAUGGUUUUAUUUAUUUCCAUAAUACUGUUGAGUUUUCGAGAUUUGUUCUAUUUGUAAGCCCUCUGACCAGAAAAUCUUUUGCUAUAUUUAAUAUUUUUCAAGCUUUUUUUCUCAUUUUUAUUUUGAAAAAAAACUUUAUUCGAAUUGUCCUCCUCCGACGAGGCAUCGUGCCCUCCACUGCCAGAACCAAUAAUCAUAAUCAUUAAAUCGACGGCCGCCUCGCCAGCGUGAGUCGGUUUUAACGGGGAGCCAUAGAAAACAAAUACUCAUUUAUGGGACACUUUGGGCCUUUCGCCUUCAUGAACCCAUCAAAUCGUAGGACUCUCCUGCACAUGUCCCUGUCCAGAUCUUCGUCUUUUGCAAUUCCAUCACAAAAAUCUUCCUCGCAGAAAUUCUUGGAACGAUUUUGCGUUGAAAAGGCGAUACAAAAUUUAAAACUAAGGACAAUGUCUUUCUCCCAUCCAUAAUAUUGAUUAGUACAAAAGUGAAAAUUGGUUUCGAUAGGCUAUUUAUCAAUUUAGGAAUAAAACAAAAAUUUCGCAUUCUUUCUCACGAUAAUUUGCAAUCACAUCUGAGUUUUUAUUUUAUAAUAAAAACUGAUUGUAGUCGUUUUCGCACUUUUCGGAAAUGUUAUGACCCAUCAGCUACAUGACUCAUAUUAUAUGAAUCAUGUCAUUUUUUGAAAUGCCACGGGAUAUCGUAUAUUUUUUUCGAGGCUGAAAACUUACUUCAUGAAAAAUUGCGAAAACAGGCAGUUUUUCGGGAAAAAAACUUAGAUUUAGCUUUCAAUUUUUCCAAAUUUCUUCUGCCUUUCAAGUUUAAAAUUUCACCAAAGGGGAUUUUUUAUUGUUUUUUCUGAUUUUUCACUCAUUAGAGAAUACUUUUACUUGCCUGGAUAAUAUUUCUGUUCUAGUAUUUGUUAUAGUUUCGCUACCAAUUAUUUUGAUAAAAUACUCGAGGCGCAAAUAUUUAUCAAAGAGCUGGACAAAAUAGGUUUACGGUAGUGCGGAUAAUCGCUUGGGGAUCUACGAAGACUCGUGUUUGCCUCGAGAGUCGGUUAGUUCCGGUAAAACUUUGGGCAGGUGUUUGACGGAGUAUUGCCUUUAAUGCAAAUAGAUUUUCUCAGAGAAUAUGUAAAGUUGAAAAUGAAGUGUUCGAGGAAAAAACGGAUGAGGAUGUCUUGAAAAAAAUCAGACAAGAAAAUAAUUGAAAUCGCAAGGUUUUGUAUGUUUGGAGCAUUCCCGUGCGCACACAAUCUUUCAAUUUCAAAGAUGAAACAUUUAAUUAGACAGAAAAACUGAAAUUUCCACCAGCUCAAUGUAGCAAUGUGAAAAUAUUUCGAGAAACUCGAAAACACCUGAUAAAUCUUCUUCAAUUAUUUAACUUGAUCCUUUUUGUCACCUCGUUGUUUUACUCCGAAACGAAUCAAUUAGAAUUAACACCUAACUAAUUGGAGGUCGCACUUGAAAAGUGCCAAAUUGACGAAAGUGAUCCCUCGAGUGCCAAGUCACGUAUUGUCGCCAUCUGGGAUUUGGUCGGCCCUCAUUGGGAUUAUCUAAUCUUUUUUCUGUUCUGCGAAUGUUAGGAUCAUCAUCAUCCCUUUUAUUUGAUUCCUACAGAAAAUGUCAUUGAAAUGACAGAAGUCUGAAGAGAAGGAAGCUUAGCUUCUUGGAAUUUUCGAUGAAGAGAUCGAGUUGAGCUUGAAAAUAAAGUUUUUGGCAAAGCUCAAGUAUACUUUUCUCAAUUUAUGAAAGCUUUUAGGAAACGAGAGAACCGAUUAAAGUUGGAAGAAGCUUAUAAAAAGUUAUUAUCGAAGGAUUCAAUUUGUUAAAAAGUUUUCAACACCAGAUUGCCUUGAAGUUUCUUCAAAUUAAAAUUUAAGAGUGGAAAAUCCAGAAUUUCCAGUAGAGAAGGAACAACUUUCACGAACAUCAUUUUGGCUACCGCAACUCUGCAGUGAAUUGUAAACUACAGUAAUCAUUAGAGAGCCAAAAUUAGUUUCCUCCUUUAAAAAAAGUGCACCAAUUUUUAAGACUUGUAGUCGUUUUUACAGUCUUCUACUCACUUAAUUUUUGACCUAGAUUUUUUUUUCGAAAAGUUUAGGAUUUUUUUUUCAACUUUUUUCGAGACGAUUUUGGCUCAAGAAAAAGUCUUAAUGACCUAUCCUAUCCCACGUUGAGAUCCAUGUCGCGAUGUUUGAGGAGUUGUCAAAGGAGCGAAAUUGCUCGACGACUAUUAGGCCAACAAUCGAGCCGAAGUCAUUAUGCGUGGACCAAGCUCGAGGAGGCGUGAGCACAAUUCGCCCACCACCGGCGGAUUUAUUCAUCAGACCGGUGUCAAAUGAGAGCUCCCCUGGUGGACUUUUCGCCGUGGACCUGCUCAUAUUUCUUCCCGGCAGCUCCGCCUAUCUUCCACUUGCUGUCGCUACCUGCAACACUUACCUGCCGCUCUUCCUUUUUUCAAACUUCUUUCUUAUCUUAAUAUCUCGAAUGCUCAUUGCCAGUACUGUAGUCGGCUGCUUCCAAAGACUUUUCAAUUAAUUAAUUAAUUGAGAGAUUGAUUACAGUAGGAAGAAAAAUGAGGAAAGAGAUUAGCUUUUUACUUCGUGAACUGGUUGAACACUGUGAAAGAUUUUGCUAAAUGGAAAUUAACUUUCUCUUUAUUUUGACAUUCUAGCCCAUUUGUUUUUUUAAUUGCAAUGACUUUUAACAAUGGUAAUCAUUGUCGAUCACUUCUCUCAAGUUAGCCAGUUGUUUUUAAAUAGAAUUUUUUUUCUUGGUUUUUCUACAUGAAAAUGUAUCAAUAGUUUGAAAUUGGGAAAAGAAAAACUCAAAUAGAAGAUAACUUUUCACGACUUGUAUUUCGUUAAUAUGUUUCAACUUCUUUUUUAUUCAUCUAUUUUUGCGUUUAUAAACAUGAAUCUUUGUUUUCUGGUAACACGAGUAGCGACGUAAACGCUCAUAAACCGAAAAUUUUCAUGAAUUCGUUUCAGCAGCGAGAAUCUGUCCUCUCAAACUUUUUCUUUCCUUCCUUUUUUUUCGAUUUUCUUUCUCUCUUUUUUCAAAAAGAAAUUCAACAAAACCACUGACUAUUUUCUACAAAAAUUUGCUACUAAACCAAAAAAUGCGUUUACUUGUUUGAAGCUCCAAAAUGACUUCCUUUUUCUUGCCGCUGGUGACAUGCAGCCAAACGACUUUUAAUGGAUCGUUAAAGCGGGAAUUUCAAAUUUUUUCGUGUUCCUUGUAAACUAACCGCAAAAAAAGGAAGAAAAAGUUCGGAUCGUUAAAUUGAGUGGAAUUUCAGAUGAACGCGUCCGCCUCGACGUCCUUGCCCCCAAAGGCUUGUGCCACACUGAUGAGCCUUCCUGGAGAACUUCUCGCCGUCAUCGACUCGUUCCUUCCCUGCGAGGACUCUCACAACUUCAAGGUAUGUCUUCGGCUUCUUAAAAGGCUACUAAGAUCAUCAAAAGAUGCGGAGGCGUAGUUUUGCUUGAACUGAACUCAUAAAUUAGACUGAGCUCUUCGGAUUCGAGCCGUUUUUAAAUGAUUUUUCGGUCAUUCUAUCUUCUUCAAAAAUUUCUUCUUUUUCAAACGGCAGUAUUUUUUUUUGCGGAAGCUCGAAACUUUUCUUUUGAUCUUCAUGAACUCCGUGAAGGCUUUAAUACAUGAUUCAAGUCAAUUGACAAAAGUGAUGAAAGGUUUUUUUCGGGAUCAACUUUUGUUCCAAAAAGUGCUCUUGAGCCUCAGACUUGUCUCAAAUCAUGUGAUAACAGUUUUUUUUUCUUCGGAAACUUUCAAGGGCUUAGCCCAUCGUCCCCCACAGUUUAGUUUCGACGUCGGCUUAUCCGGUUUUGUCACAAUGCAAUUCGCUCUAAUCCUGUAUUCAAAGGGGGUUUUUCGAUUUAACGUGUCUGAAAACUUUGAAAAGAAUAUAAUAACAAAAGUCGAGAAAAAUCCUGCGAAGCCAUGGUGAAGAUCUCUUACUUGGCAAUACUGUAGCGCUUCCGAAUCAGAAAACUCUAAUUACACCUCUAAUUAAAGUGGAAUGCCAAAAGAGAAAAAAAAACUCGCAGCAACAGGUACGGUAAUUAGUCGAGAGCGACGCUGACAAUUGACUGGCAGGUUGCCAAAUAUUGAUUGACAGCCGUGACAGCGCCUGCCCUGGGGUCUUACAACGAAUGAGAAAACUUUAGCCUGAGAAACCAACAGUUCGAUGGAUGUUUUGUUUUUCAGAUGACCGCGGAAAGGAUCAGCCUCGCCCUCCGGAACAACUUCCAGCUCUUCGACAAGAUGAAUGUGAGUGACGUGAGACUGUGAAAUGAAGCAAGAACUGAGAAUUUCGUUGAUCUGCCUGAAAAACGCGAUCUUUUUGCAGCUGAGCGACGAUCCAGCCGAGUGUCGGAUGAUUGACUCGCGUGGCCGAGCGCCGUCUCGGCCUUUCUGUGCUCAAAACGCGGCGCGAAUCAUCUCGAUCAUGCCCAACCUGGAGGAGAUCACCGUCAUCAUGAAGGACGUCUCUAUCAACAGAAAUCCGCAUCUUCCCGUCUACAGUCUUGCAGGUACAUCGGCCACCCUGAGAAUUAUUGAGAAACAAACGUCUUUCCGUUCACUUUCACAAAGAAAAACUCACAAUUGUUUCAAAAAACAAAAUCGAUUCUCAUCUGUACGAACUCUAUAUUUGGCGAAUUGAAAUGAAAACUUGAUGUAAAUUUUUUUUUUGGACCGCUUCCAUUUUUUCUGAUUCUUGAAGAAAAAAAAAAUGAUGUUUACCUGAUCGUUUUCAUGAAACUGUUGAAAUCACAAUUUUUUCUCAUUUUUAAAUUUUUCCAGACUGCACGCCGUACACGCCCGGAGGCUAUCUUCUCCAUCUUCUGGGCUCAAUUCCGCCGGCUCAAUUGUCCCUCCGACAGCUCUCCCUUCACGUCGACGUCAUGAUCGAAACACUCAAUGUUAGUUUCUUCUGAAAAUUUUAGUUCUAAAAAAUUAUUUACGAGUUUUCUAAACUAUUCUGUAUCUAAAUUUUGUAUUCUACAAACAAAAAAGCUAAAAUCAGUCUUGAAUUUCAGGACGCCGUCAUUUUCUGCCCUUACGAGGACUUGAAAUUCGCCCUUGAUCACCUGACCAACGCCAACUUCAACACUUUUGUUCAGGUUUCUCUCCCCAAUCUGAACUCCGAAACAUAUUCCCGUUUCAGAUCUCAGUCUGCUGUGCCCAAUUCAAGGCUUCAGAUGAAAAUGCGCGGAAUCUUCUCAUUGCCGGAAUGCAACAUAUUCUCAAGGUACUUUUUGUUUGAAAAACAUUUGGCGAACUUUUAAAAGGAAAAAGCUAGCCUAUAAUUGAAAUUUUGCAGCACACCGAUGCCAUGGGCGCCAAAACGGACUUUGUAGCGGAGCCUUGCGAAGGUACGUUCUAUUCAAAUGAAAUCCGAUAUGAACUGUUAUGACCGAUUCCAAGACAAAUUCACAUCGAAUCAUUUUUUCUUGUCUUAACUUAGACGUUUUUUGUUUUGUGAAAAAAUAUGAUUUACUGAUAAAUUCAACACGGAUCUCAGCAAACAGGACAGAAAGACCUCCAAUUUUUUGGCCGAUACUUUUCCGAACCGGGAUUUUCCGAAUCGAAAUCCGAACCGAUACUUUUCCGAACCGUACUUUUCCGAAUCGGGUGUAUACUUUUCGGAACCCAAAUUUAUUAUGCUUUUCCGAAUCGUAAUUCAAUUAAUUCUUUAGGUGGUACCGUCAUUUUCAAUCCGAUUCCUUAUAAUUUUUUUCCCAGAGUGCAGCCUUCCGUCUGACCAUUUUCGAAACUCGAAUAGGAUUCAUUUAUCCUCGAGUGCUCUUUCAGAAACUUUUUUUCUUGGUUCUUUCGAUUUCAGAACGGACUGUGGCAACGCCAAUGCCAACGGUCCGCUCUGAAGUUGACUGGCCCGUUUUCGUCUUAGAAAUUUGAACUUGGAAAACAGUUUCAAGAUUCGAAAUUUCGGUGUGCAGGAAGGACUUUAAAUCCGCAAGUGCUCUUCAGAGCUGACCGUUGGCAUUGGCGAUGCCACAGUCCGUUCUGAAAUCGAAAGAACCAAGAAAAAAAGUUUCUGAAAGAGCACUCGAGGAAAAAUGAAUCCUAUUCGAGUUUCGAAAAUGGUCAGACGGAAGGCUGCACUCUGGGAAAAAAAUUAUAAGGAAUCGGAUUGAAAAUGACGGUACCACCUAAAGAAUUAAUUGAAUUACGAUUCGGAAAAGCAUAAUAAAUUUGGGUUCGGAAAAGUACACAACCGAUUCGGAAGAGUACGAUUCGGAAAAGUAUCGGUUCGGAUUUCGAUUCGGAAAAUCCCGGUUCGGAAAAGUAUCGGCCGAUUUUUUAAAGUUUCAGAUUUUUUUUAAUAAAGCUUUGACUUAAAAAAAGGGGGGAGGGAAGUAAACUACUUAUAUCCAAAAAAGGGGGAAGUAAACUACUCAUAUCCCGAAAAACCUGAUAACCAAAUAUUUGUCUUUGCAGUGACUGUAAAAUGUUCACUAAUUUUCGUUUUGAUGGGGAGCGACUCCAUUAAACUGUUUUUUUCAACUUUGUAGCGGAAACAGAAUAAUUUCACUUGCUUUUUAACAAAGACUUAUAAAAAAAACCUUGGAAUUAGUUCAUGAGGUUUCACGACAAAUAGCAUUAUUUUAGUUUAAAUUCAAUUAGAUUUCCAUGUUUGCUCCCUCUGACUUCCUAGCAAGCGAAUUCUUUGUGAAAAGAAAACUUUAAAAAUUUUUUGAAGCCAAAAACCAAUCUCGUGUUGGAGUGAUACGGGAAGUGGCUCUGUUUGCGAUAUUUAUGUUCCUUUGAUAACACAAAUAGAAAAUCUGUAAAGAAAAAAACGAAUCUAGAAGUUUUUUUCAAAAAAAUUCCUAUAAGUUUUUUUUUGCAGGCUAUGUUGACAUGACUGUGGAAAAAGGCGCUGUGGAGUACUCGUUCGCCUUUUUCUACUACAAUCCGACGAUCUGCGAACCUUCAGUCGACGAGGACCUUCCUUUCAUGUUCCCCCUCGAAUAA